UCUGGAUGCGAGCCUGACCCCUUUGAAGUCCCUCUAAUGAAGAGAGAGCCGCAUCUCUCCAACUUGAUAAGACAUCCCGAAACGGUCGGCGCAGAGUCCCGCGGAGAGUUUGCAGGCUAACGGCUUAAACACAAACUUUGACACUGUUCUCACUUUCUGGGAAAAAAGGCAGCUUUUGUGUAACCUUUUUACAAAGUGGGCUAAUCUAAUAUUAAGGAGGGAAAAGCUGUGCUGGCCUCGGGCGCUUGAGAUUUUUUGGACAGCCAAAGCAUGAAGAUUCAGUGGGUUUGCGUGUCUCUCCUGGGUUUCGCCUUAUUCUUUGGGGAAUAUCGAGGGUCUGAAGUGAAGUUCAGCCGGCUGGAUCGCUGGGUCAAGACCGGUUUUCAGUACUUGAAACUGAACCUGUGCCGGCGAGUGUCUUUGUCGGAGAGUGAGUGCAAACGAUUGUCUCACCUCCACCUAAGCUCCGUGGCCGUUUAUGUGUCUGAGUACAACUCGGAAAAAGUGUUGGCGAUCCUGCCCGAUUCUUACUCUGUCGAGGUUCCAGCGCCCAAACAGAACACUUAUUCCGUAGGUUCUGCCGUGAAGGACGGGAAGCGAAGUCAAGAGUUCUUCACCGGCGCAGCCACUCAUGAUGCCGUGCUUGUGCUGGACCCAAGUCCCGGAGAAAGUUUCGGACACCCGAUUGUGCUUUUCUACGUGGACUUUAACGUGACCAAGAAGAGAUGUGGACACAUGGAUGGAAUAUACCUGGGUGAGGAGUGUCUGACUCUGGCUCUGAAGACACGCUGUGUGAACCAACUGAAGCGCCAGCGUAGCCGUAGCGACCGCCUGGUGGGGCGCAGCCGCAUGCAGAGGGGUGCCAGCAUCGCUGCCUCGGGAGGGUCACGCCCGUCCAGGAUGGAGCGCAGCGGGGGCGUGUGCGAGAUCCACUUCCUGCCCCUGGUGGUUGGUGUCAGGGAUGGCAACCGAACCCAGCGGCUGCGAUGUGUGGAUCACCCGGACUUUGCUCCAUGCCCCCAGCCCCUGCCCCAGAUGGGCCCGAGUGUGCCGCUGUCCAGCUGUGAGCUCAGUAAGAACACGCGCCGCUGCCACCAGCAGAGCCUGGCCUCUCACCUGUCCUGCCGCCUCUACCAGACCUGCGACCACGCCGUGCUCCUGUCAGGUGGCUGGCAGGCCCAGAUCACAUACCAGCGCCAUGCUCAGAACCUGCAGCUCUUUCACAAGAUGCUACGCAAUAAUGGCUUCCAGAAGGACCACAUCAAAACGUUCUUCGCGGGGAACGGACAGAUCGCAGCUAAGGAGACGGAGGGCAUGUACCCAGCCACGGAGAAGGAGGCCAUUAGGAACCACAUCGCCUACAUCUGCCGCAAGCAGCACUGCGCGGACACCCUGGUGCUCUACCUCAACAGUCCCACCUGGAACGACGGAACCAUGCUGCUCUGGGACAGGAACCACAACGGCAUUGCGGAGCUGAAGGAGCGUUACUCGGUGGGCGAGCUGCUGGCCGACCUGGCAGGGUGCCGUGCACAGCGUGUGCUGCUGUUCGUGGAGCAGAGCUACAGCGGCGCCUUGAGCAAACGGCUGCGCAGUUCCAGGAAGCACCAGAAUGUGGCGCUGCUGAGCUCACUGCCCUGGGUGGCCGCUGCACAGGCCUGGGCCUCCCUGCUGCCCUCACAGUGCCUCAGAGACCACCUCACCAAGAGUGCUGCGAUGCCUCGUAUGAGCGAGUGGACUCUGGGGCUGCUGAACGUCACCCUGGUGGGGGCUCCGUGCAACGCCACGCCCCCUCUCACGGACGCCGAGAUGCGGAGAGAGUACAUGGGCUGCCAGAACCUGCCCACCGCCCUCUGGCACCAGGGUCAUCGCCGCGGCAACUGAGACCAGACCUGGAUGCCUGAUGAUUAAUACAUGACACACGUGACACAUCCACACACACUCACAUUUACUGACGUAUUCAAACAAAGUCACAUUUGAACUCAUACAAACGUUGGCACAUAUACAAACAGAGAGAUUAUAUACAUUCAUAGCACAACAGGCAUGUGUGUAGUUUCACACGCACACAUACACAGACAAGGCCAUACACACACUACACACUCAGUGGCACAUAUCAAAUCUUGACACACACACAUACCACACCAUAUCACAUUCCAAAACACACACACCAACAGCGACACACACACACACACAGUUCCUAUCAGUUAUGAAACUGUUUCUUCUCUUACGGCUUUCCUCUCUAGUCCCAGUCUUCCCUUUCCUAUAAACAUGUCUAGUUCUGGAUUAUAAAGGGACUUCUACAGCACUUCUAAGUCUAUCCCCCUCCACACACACACACACCCCUACUCCACCCCAAAACUGACCCUCUCUAAAGCCACCAGCCUGGGGGAAUGGGGGCACCAGAAGUUAGUGCUCUACCGAAACAUCUUCCACUCACAUGUACAGACAGGACAAACGCAGUGUAGCAUCUUCCACUCACCUGUGCAGACAGGACAAACGCAGUGUAGCAUCUUCCACUCAAGUGUUCCGUUAGUGUAGCGUCUGCUGCAACAGUUAGCUUCCACCAUAAUGGAAAUGGCUACACCAGACGUGAUAGCGGUGUGUACAUAAAAAAACAAAACAAAAAAAUUAUAUGCCGCGAAUGGAGCGCUUCAGUUGCAGGCCAGGUGUAGCCUGGGCCUAACACCACCACCCAGAGGGUAGAGAUGGCCAAAAGACCCUGAGCCUGGGCCUAACACCACCACCCAGAGGGUAGAGAUGGCCAAAAGACCCUGAGCCUGGGCCUAACACCACCACCCAGAGGGUAGAGAUGGCCCUGAGGGUAGAUCCCUGCUCAGUGGGCUGCGGGAUGUAUCUGCCCCCUUGUCGCACACGGUCCGGUUUCCGUCUUGGUUCUGUAGUCAGGAACGCACGUCCACUUCAGGACGCAGCACCGUCCUAUCACGCUCACGGACCACGGGGCAGCAGGACACCACGGACAGCCCCCCAAGAUAUGUGUGUGUAAAUGUGGGAGUGUGUUUGUGUGUGGGGGUAGUUGAAUGUGUGUGCAAAUGAGGGUACAUAUACUUGGAUGAACCACAUAUUCUAUGUAAGUGUCUGUGUGUGUUGUCCUCCGUCUGAACCUGUCCUCGUCUCUAGCGGUGAUGCCCAACCCCUCCCCCAAUGUUGGAGGUGCAGGAAGACAUGAGCCUCUCUCUGAGUACACCCUCUCUCUGCGUGCACACACACACACACAAACACACUUUCUCAGCACACACACUGAUGCAGUCUGGGAAAAGGUUCAAGAAGGGGACACCAGCAUCCUUGAGAGUGAGAGAG